AUGCAGUGCGCAUGCAUGGAGAGUCGACGCCGGCAUACCACCGACCCCCUCAUAGAUCUCGACCAGCGGCGGUCGUGGCCCCAGCCGCAGCAGGUCAGCAUGCCAGUUAUCGGGGAUUUAACUCCCAUUAUCGCCGGCGGCCAGCAGUUUGUCAGAUCGUACUCCGUAGACAUAGUCCCCACAGAAGCCAAAGCACCUCGUGGCAGAACGGCCGCCGGUGGCAACUGUCUGUCUGUGUGUGGUGGUAGCCAGCCGAGCUCGGCUUUCACCAAUUAUUAA